GGGGGCACGCACGGUGGGGGCGCCCAGGUCCCGCCACUGGGCCCCGUUGCACGCUGGGCGCGCCCAGCAGACCGCGCAGGCCUGGGCGGGGCCGUGGCCCGCUGGGCGGAGGGGGGGGUGGACAGAGGCGGGGGCGCCCCCCACCCCCUUUCUAGCUUCCCGCCACUGUGGCGGCCAAUCACCAGGCAGGCGCCCGCCCCCGGCGCGGCCUCCCGCGGCCCCGCAACUCCCAAACGCCGAGUUUUCGCGGGAAAAAAAUCAGAGCAGCUGGCAGCGCGGCGGGCAGUGGUGGCCGUCCGGGCGCUCCGGGUCGCACGCACGUCCGCGCGGGGUCCGGGCCACGCACGCGGCGCCAUCGCCAUCCCCAGCCGGGCCAGGCGCGCAGGCAGGCGAGUGCAUCGGGGCGGCCGGAGAGCACCAGCAGGCACCAUGUGGAUCCAGGUUCGCACCAUGGACGGGAAGGUGACCCACACCGUGGACUCGCUGUCCCGGCUGACCAAGGUAGAGGAGCUGAGGAGGAAGAUCCAGGAGCUGUUUCACGUGGAGCCCGGCCUGCAGAGGCUGUUCUACAGGGGCAAGCAGAUGGAGGACGGCCACACCCUCUUCGACUACGACGUUCGCCUCAACGACACCAUCCAGCUCCUGGUCCGGCAGAGCCUCGUGCUCCCGCCCAGCGGCGGUGGCAGCAAGGAGCGGGACUCCGAGCUCUCCGACACGGACUCCGGCUGCUGCCUGGGCCAGAGCGAGUCAGACAAGUCCUCCAACAGCGGCGAGGCGGACGCGAAGGCGAGCUUGGCGGACGAGGAUGCGUGGGACGAGACCGAGCUGGGUCUCUACAAGGUCAACGAGUACGUCGAUGCUCGGGACACCAACAUGGGGGCGUGGUUCGAGGCGCAGAUUGUCAGGGUGACGAGGAAGGCGCCGUCCCAGGACGAGCCCUGCAGCUCCACUGCCAGCUCGACGCCGGAAGAAGACGUGGUUUAUCACGUGAAAUACGACGACUACCCGGAGAACGGAGUGGUCCAGAUGAGCCCCCGGGACGUCCGGGCUCGCGCCCGCACCGUCCUCAAGUGGCAGGAGCUGGAGACGGGCCAGGUGGUCAUGCUUAACUACAAUCCCGACAACCCCAAGGAGCGAGGCUUCUGGUAUGAUGCGGAGAUCGUGCGGAAGCGUGAGACGCGGACGGUGCGGGAGCUGUACGCCAACGUCCGGCUCGGGGAUAAUUCUCUCAACGACUGUCGGAUCAUCUUCGUGGACGAAGUUUUCAAGAUCGAGCGCCCGGGCGAGGGGAGCCCCGUGGUCGACAACCCGCUGAGAAGGAAGAGUGGGCCCUCCUGUAAGCACUGCAAGGACGAUGAGAGCAAGACGUGCCGGGUGUGCGCCUGUCACCUGUGCGGGGGCAAGCAGGACCCCGAUAAGCAGCUCCUGUGUGACGAGUGCGACAUGGCCUUCCACAUAUACUGCCUCUGCCCGCCCCUCAGCAGCAUCCCCAAGGAGGACGAGUGGUACUGCCCCGAGUGUCGGAAUGACGCCAGCGAGGUGGUGCUGGCGGGGGAGAAGCUGAAAGAGAGUAAGAAGAAGGCGAAGAUGGCGUCGGCCACAUCGUCCUCACAGCGGGACUGGGGCAAGGGCAUGGCGUGCGUGGGGCGCACCAAGGAGUGCACCAUCGUCCCGUCCAACCACUACGGACCCAUCCCCGGGAUCCCCGUGGGCACCAUGUGGAGGUUCCGAGUCCAGGUCAGCGAGUCGGGGGUCCAUCGGCCUCACGUGGCGGGCAUCCACGGCCGGAGCAACGACGGGGCGUACUCCCUGGUCCUGGCUGGGGGCUACGAGGACGACGUGGACAACGGGAAUUCUUUCACCUACACAGGUAGUGGUGGUCGAGAUCUUUCUGGCAACAAGCGGACUGCGGAACAGUCUUGUGAUCAGAAACUCACCAACACCAACAGGGCGCUGGCUCUCAACUGCAGUGCCCCCAUCAACGACCGCAAAGGGGCCGAGGCCAAGGACUGGCGGUCGGGGAAGCCGGUGCGCGUGGUGCGCAACGUGAAGGGCCGGAAGCACAGCAAGUACGCGCCCACCGAGGGCAACCGCUACGACGGCAUCUACAAGGUCGUGCGGUACUGGCCGGAGAAGGGGAAGUCCGGCUUCCUGGUGUGGCGCUACCUCCUGCGGAGGGACGACACGGAGCCCGGGCCCUGGACCAGGGAGGGCAAGGACCGGAUCAAGAAGCUAGGGCUCACCAUGCAGUACCCGGAGGGCUACCUGGAGGCGCUGGCCCGGAAGGAGAAGGAGAACAGCAAGCAGGAGGCGGGGGAGGAGGAGCCGGCGGAGGAGGAGGAGGGCUUCACGUCCCCCCGGAAGGGCAAGCGGAAGAGCAAGUCGGCAGGAGGUGGCAAGAACGGCGCCGGGUCCCCGCGAGGCACCCCCAAGAAAACCAGGGUGGAGCCCUACAGCCUCACGGCCCAGCAGAACAGCCUCAUCAAGGAAGACAGGAGCAACGCGAAGCUGUGGGCCGAGAUCCUGAAGGCCCUCAAAGACGGCCCGUUUCAGAAAUUCCUGAGUAAGGUGGAGGAGACCUUCCAGUGUAUUUGCUGCCAGGAGCUGGUGUUCCGCCCGAUCACGACCGUGUGCCAGCACAACGUGUGCAAGGAUUGUCUGGACCGAUCCUUCAAGGCCCAAGUGUUUAGCUGCCCUGCCUGCCGCUACGACUUGGGCCGCAGCUACGCCAUGCAGGUGAACCAGCCGCUGCAGGCCGUCCUCAACCAGCUCUUCCCCGGCUACGGCAACGGACGGUGAUCUUCAAGCACUUCUCGCUGGGCGUUUUCUUAAAACGUAUCCCAGGGGUCUUCGGCCACGAUUCUGUUUUUAGUGGGCUUAACUUAAACAUGUAGUUUUCCUCCACUCCCUAGAAAGCCUUGUCUUCCUGGUUUUUUUUUUUUUAAUCUAUAAGUCUCUCGGAAU